AUGGAUGAUUCUUCUCAUUCUGGCAAUAUGGGCACUGUCAUUCUGUUCAAAAAGGUGUGCCCGGAUUGUGAGGAACAAUUCAACAGGUUUCAGGAUAUGAAACGGCACAUAUUCAGUAAGCAUGGCAAGGAUCUCACACCACGCACGAACAAAGACCAUGGCAAGUCGGUAGACGGAUUUCCAGUGCAUGUCUACAACGAAAGCAAUGUGAAGAAAUACACGAAACAAAGGACGACAGUCAUCAUCAAGUUCGCCUGUCCAAGCUGUAAUGGUCUGUUUAACGAGGCUUCAGAACUCUCGCAUCAUGUCAACAACAAUCAUAUAAAGAUACCACCAUCGCUUGAGGACGUUCCCCCUGCCGAAAACCGGUGGCUCGUACAGGGUCACGAUGUGUCAACAAAAUUUCACGACUAUCGCCAAAUGUGUAUCCUUGCAUCGCGUACGACAGAUUUUGCCAUCGAAACCCACUUCAACGAACUUUUGGCCAUGUCUGGUAUCCUGGUCUUGCAGCGACGGGACAGCUAUAAGGAUUUGCCGGCCGAUGUUUUUCCUCCCUCCUUGCUGACAGCUGCGCGCAACGAAACUCGCAAGCUAUAG